CUGACCCGCCAAGCGGUUACGUCGAACACACGUUUGUUACUCCUUUUAUUAUUUUUGAUUCGCUUUUGCACCAUUCUGUUUGUGUUUCACUGGAAUCCUACGUUUAAUUUUGGAAGGAAUUCGAAAUGUACAUAAAGUCAAUUAUAUUGGAGGGCUUCAAGUCCUACGCGGAAAGAACCGAAAUAAACGGUUUUGAUCCCCUGUUCAACGCCAUCACUGGACUAAACGGCAGCGGAAAAUCAAACAUACUCGAUUCUAUUUGCUUUCUGCUCGGUAUUUCCAAUUUAUCACAAGUAAGAGCAUCUAAUCUUCAAGAUUUGGUGUACAAAAACGGACUCGCUGGGAUCACUAAAGCCACGGUGUCCAUUACCUUCGACAACUCCAACAAGAAACAGAGCCCGCUGGGAUUUGAGACACACGACGAGAUCACAGUAACUAGACAGGUGGUUAUAGGUGGCCGCAAUAAGUACCUCAUUAAUGGCGUAAACGCGAAUAAUAUGCGGGUGCAGGAUCUCUUCUGUUCUGUUGGGCUGAAUGUCAACAAUCCUCAUUUUCUUAUUAUGCAGGGAAGAAUCACCAAAGUACUGAAUAUGAAACCCCCUGAGAUACUGGCAAUGAUAGAGGAGGCUGCAGGUACCAGGAUGUAUGAGUGCAAGAAGAUCAGUGCUCAGAAAACCAUUGAGAAGAAAGAUGCUAAACUAAAAGAGAUUCAGACGAUCCUGGAUGAGGAGAUCACCCCUGCUAUGGAAAAACUGAAAGAGGAGCGUUCUUCCUACCUGGAGUACCAGAAGCUGAUGCGGGAGAUGGAGCACUUGAGCCGCCUGUACGUGGCAUGGCAGUUUGUGUGUGCCGAGGAGACCAAGCUGAAGUCGUCUGAAGACCUGGAGCGCAUGCAGGGCUCCAUCGUCAAGCUGCAGGAGAACCUGCAUCAGAAUAGCGCCCGCGUGCGCCAGCUUGGCGAGGAGAUCAAAGCACUGGAGCACAGUCGGGAUAAGGAGGUGGCAGGUGUAUUGAAGACUCUAGAAGAGACUCUGGCUGAGGCUCAGAGAGUGGACACAAAAGCUCAGAGUGCACUUGACCUGAAGAAACAAAACCUUAAAGAUGAAACCAAGAAAAGAAAAGAGCUUAUUAAAAACAUGGAGGAGGAUAAGAAGAUGAUGUCUGCAAAGGAAGGUGAGGUUGCCAAGGCAACGAAACUGUUAAAGGCAGUGCAGGAAGAGGGGCAGAAGGACACAGAGGAGCUGGAAGCAGCACAGCAGCGCUUCAAGGCCGUGUCUGCUGGACUCUCGGCCAAUGAAGAUGGAGAGGAGGCCACGCUGGCGGGCCAAAUGAUGGCCUGCAAAAAUGACAUGAGCAAGGCAGAGACCGAGGCCAAGCAGGCUCAGAUGAAGCUGAAGCAUGCCCAACAGGAGCUGAAGACUAAACAGGCCCAGGUAAAGAAGAUGGACAGCGGAUAUAAGCGAGACCAGGAUGCCCUGGAAGCCGUGCAGAAGUGCAGAGCUAAGCUCCAAGCUGAGCUGCAGAAACUCAACUAUGAAGAUGGCCGAGAGGAGCAUCUGAUCGAGCAGAAAAGGCAGCUGUCUCUGGAGGUCAACCAGCUCAGAGAAACACACGAGUCCUUCAUGAGCCAGUUCCCCAAUCUCCGCUUUGAAUAUACGGACCCUGAACGUGGCUGGGACCGUACUAAAGUGAAGGGCCUUGUGGCGAACCUCUUCACAGUGACCGAUGUGUACAACGCCACGGCUCUGGAAGUGGUGGCCGGGGGCCGGCUCUACAACGUGGUGGUGGACACCGAGGUAACUGGAAAAAAGAUUAUAGAAAAAGGUGAACUGAAACGUAGAUACACCAUCAUCCCACUGAACAAGAUCUCUGCACGAACCCUCAAUGAUGGAGUAGUCCGUGCAGCUAAAAACCUGGUGGGGGAGGAUAACGUCCACAAAGCCCUGUCACUAGUGGGUUAUGAAUCCGAGCUCCGUAAGGCAAUGGAGUAUGUUUUUGGAACCACACUGGUUUGCGACACUCUGGACAACGCAAAGCAAGUUGCUUUUGACAAGCACGUCAACACCAAAACGGUCACUCUUGGAGGGGAUGUGUUUGAUCCACAGGGAACACUGACUGGAGGGGCUCGUGCUCAAACAGCCUCUGUGCUCUCCAAACUGGCUGAGGUGAAAGACGUUCAGGAUAAACUGAGGGGAGAAGAGGCGGAGCUUGCUGCCUUGGAAAUGGAACUGGGCAACCUCAAAGGAACUGCUGAAAAGUAUCGCCAGCUGAAGCAGCACCUGGACCUGAAGACUGAGGAAGCUCAAAUACUGGAGACCAAACUACAGCAAAGCUCUUUCCACAAGCAACAGGAGGAGCUGGAAAACCUCCAGAAGACCAUUGAGGAGAGCGAGGAGACACUAAGGACGACAAGAGAUGUGCAGAAGAAGGCGGAGGAGAAGUACGCAGUGCUGGAGAACAAGAUGAAGAACGCUGAGGUGGAGCGGGAGAAGGAGCUGAAGGAGGCGCAGCGCAAGCUGAACGAGGCCAAGAGCAAAGCGGACGCCUACCACAAGAGACUGAAGGAGAGGCAGCAGGAAGCUGACGCUGUCGCUCUGGAGCUGGAAGAGCUGAAGCGUGAGCAGGCUGGCUAUGAACAGCAGGUUCAGGUUGUGGAUGAGGCCAUGAAAGCCAUACAGGAACAGAUCAGUGCCAUGUCAGUCGAGGUUGCGGCCAAUAAGGAAGCAGUGCGGAGAGCCCAGGAGCAGCUCACCCAGCAGAAAGAGGUGAUUUUGGGGCAGGAGAGAGAGAUCAAAGGGAAAAGUGAAGAGGCCAAUCAGCUUCAAGAACAAAACAACGACGCACAGCUCAAAAUCAAAGAGCUCGAGCACAUCAUCAGCAAACACAAGAAGGACAGUGCAGACGCCGCUGCCAGGGUUACGCGCAUGCUGGCUGAGAAUGACUGGAUCUCGUCCGAACGCCAUCUGUUUGGCCAGCCCAACUCCGCAUACGACUUCAAGGCGAACAGCCCUAAAGAAGCAGGCCAGAGGCUGAAGAGACUGGAAGAGACCAAGGAGAAGCUAGAGAGGACUGUCAACCGCAGAGCCAUGAACAUGCUUAGUGAGGCAGAGGAAAGGUACAACGAUCUCAAGAAAAGAAGAGGAUUUGAGAAUGAUAAAGCUAAAAUUUUGGAGACGAUCAAAGAGUUGGAUCAAAAAAAGAACGAGGCACUCAAUGUGGCUUGGCAAAAGGUGAAUAAGGAUUUUGGCUCCAUAUUCUCCACUCUGCUACCGGGGGCAGAUGCACGACUGGCCCCGCCCGAGGGCUGUGGUGUUUUGGAUGGGCUGGAAUUUAAGGUUGCUCUCGGCAACACGUGGAAGGAGAACUUGACUGAACUCAGUGGAGGACAAAGGUCUCUGGUAGCACUCUCCUUGAUUUUGGCCAUGUUGCUGUUUAAACCAGCUCCUAUCUACAUCCUGGAUGAAGUGGACGCCGCCCUUGACCUUUCACACACGCAGAACAUCGGACAGAUGCUGCGCACACACUUCACACAUUCCCAGUUUGUGGUGGUGUCACUGAAGGACGGCAUGUUCACCAACGCCAAUGUGCUCUUCAAGACCAAGUUUGUGGACGGCAUUUCCAUGGUGACACGCACAGUGCAGACGCACGAAGGAAAGGUUCUUGCCCAGCGCUCCCAAGACAAAGCCAAGACAAAGGAGAAACGCCAUCGGCAGAUUCUAGCCAGUUAAACAGCUACACACAAACAGACGAUAAAGCAUGCGGAUGCACUUAUCAGCUAUAAAUUUACAGCUUCCUUAUUCAAAUGUGCUUCGAUAACUAUAAAAAAAUAAUGUUAAACCAAUAAUGUUAGGCUGGGUUUGUUUUUGUUUGUUUCUGACCUAUUUUUUAGACUUUUUUUUUUUUUUUUUUUUACCUACCUGAAAUCCUUGUACAUUUGGAGUUGAUGGUUUAUUUUAUUGUAGUAGUCAAAUACAUCAUGCACUAACAGGUUAGUGAUUUCCCCCCUCCCCCCCCCCCAAUA